AUGCGUCGUAUCGCCCAGGUCCAGGAUGAUAAGCUGAAGGGGUCGAACCUGAAGGCUAUCCUGAGAGGCGGAACCACAGCGAUGACUUACAAAGAGGCUCGAGAAGCAACCACAAUGAUCCAAGAGGUGCUACACAACUAUCAUGACUCCAUCGAAGGAGGGCACCAAGGUGUCGUUCGCUCUUACCAAAGAGUGAAAUACGACUACUACUGGAUCGGUCUCUACGCAGAUGUGGAGAAACAUGUGAAAUCAUGUCUCGAUUGCAGCUCGAGUAAGAGCUUGCCGCAGCUCAAAGGCUACUCACCUGGCAAUGUGCUCGCAGAGCGACCAUUCCAAGUGGUGUCAAUGGACGAUGUGAUCCCUCUGCCGAGAUCUCGUCGGGGGAACACUGCCCUGUUGUUAUGGCAGUGCUCGUUUACUGGGUUUGUGAUCGCUAAUGCGAUGUCGGAUACCGAUGCCCUGACUGUGGCCAAGGUGUUCGAGGAAUGCAUCUAUAGACGAUUUGGUGCUCCGUCACUUAUUCAUCACGACCGUGACCCACGCUUCAUGAGCGAGCGGUCGGUCAAGACCGUGAAGCAGUCUGUCAAGGUCUACGUGGAAGAUCCGUUGCAGCAAGACUGGGAUGAGAUCGCUGAGCGACUAGUCUGUGCGAUCAACAACUCUCAUGACAUGACCAGGAAUGAAACACCAUUCUAUUUGGCACAUGGAUGGGAUGCCCAUACGACGCUACGAACAAUGACGACCUCUCUGAAGCGAGGUGUUGGUAAGCAAACUGGGGCACUAGUCUGGCGACGAGAGAUUAACCGCCAUCAGCAGGUUGUUCUCAAGAUGGCAAAGGAAUACCAAACAAUGGAGAAGGCUCGACGCGCUAGAAUUCACAACGAGAAGCUCAGUCGCAAAGAGCAAGCCGCAAUAUCAAAAUAUGUGAACGAUGACUCGCCCGAUGUUGACUCGGAACCGAGGUCUCUAUUUCGACCUGAAAAUCGAGUUUGGCUGUAUAUGGAGCGGGUGAAGCCAGGACUAGUUAAGAAGCUGGCUCACCGAUGGCAUGGUUCCUUCAGAGUGAAGCGGAAGGUUGAAGAGUUCGCGUACGAGUUCGUGUUACCAGAUAAAAGCGGUUAUCGGUUUUACCCGGUGGUGCACGUCUCUCGACGGAAGGCUGUGAAUGAGUUUUGCGAUCAGCCGAAGGCGCCACUAGCUCGAGGUGUUGCUGAGGAAUCGACAUUCAACUUCGACGAAGGGUUGUUGGACGCGUUGUGA